GACGCACAGUGGGGCGGCCUUUGAAUCUGAAAGCGCGGGAGCGGCGCGGCCUGGUCGUGGUCCUGGUCUUGGAGCUGAGCUGGGGCUGGGGCUGGGGAUGCGGGUCGCCGGCAGCGAGGGGUGCGCCGAGCGGCCGCCGGGCCUAUGGUUCAUCCGCAAGGUGUUCAGUUGGCGAGCAGCAGCUGCAAUUGCAUGGUCUGUCCUGUUGUUGCCUGUCUCCACAACUGUAUUUAUAAUGCUUAGCCAACUGAAUGUAUUCUGUCCUGUUCAGUGGAUUUCAGACACAUUAAACCACCUGAACAGUUCUUGCAUAAUGUUUUCAAUCCUGGUGUUGUGUGGAUCUGUAGUAGUUAUUGGAAUCUUUAAUAUGGAAUAUUAUACAGUGGAGCCAUCUAUUCCAUGCAGUCGGAUUGCACUGAUAGGGAAUGUCUUCCACCCUCAUCGGUUCAUUCAUUCGGUGGUACAUGCAGUGAUGGGGAUGCUGAUGGCAUGGUGCACAGCAGUCAUAGCUGGGGGGCGUUACCAGAUGAUCAGUGUGCCUUGCUCAUCUCGUGACAGUUCUGCAUCCAGUGGCCACAUGUGCCUCAAUGAGUUUCAUGUUUUCCUGCUGAUGGAAGGAGCAUUUAUAGGAUAUUGUUACAGUUUGCUUUACUUUGCUAACAACUUCAAUUAUUUGUCUUUUCCAACUAUGCAGCAAUUUAAGUACCUGCGUUUCAAAGCAAAUCUAUCAUUGGUCAUCAAGUAUAGUGCUGUGCAAUCUCUGUAUUUCCUCAGGAACUACUGCAUCCUUUACUAUUUUCUAGGUUAUGUGCCAAGAGCUUGGAUAAGUGCCUCAACAACCCUCCAAAAGGACAGCACACAGCAUUGUCUGGAUACCCUGGCUGGCCUGUUUGAUUUGCCGCUGCUCUACACGACCUGGCUAAGUGGUACAUUUAUUUUGGUUACCUGGUACAUUACAUGGGUGCUCUUUAAAAUCUACAUCACAGAGGUGUUCCAAUUUUCUGUGCAGUCCAAUUUUGGAGAGGAAGCUGAUCAAUGCCUUCCUAAAGUCCUAACGACCAAUGUUUCCCGUUGUAUAAAGUAUCUUGCGUUGCAAGAUUUGGCUUUACUUUCCCAGUAUUCGCCCUGUCGAAGACAGGAGGUAUUCAGCCUUAGCCAUCCAGGUGGGCAUCCUCAUAAUUGGAUAGCCAUUUCGGGUGAAUGCUUAGCCUUACUAAAUGACCUAACGCAAAAGCUGAUAGAAUAUCAGGAAGCUCUUGCUGCCAAUGGUCGAAUUAAAUCAUAUCCUGUUCCCAGGGAAAGCCACCCGUCAAAUACAUCAGGAGCUACUUGCCUUGAAGAACCUUCCAGCUACCAGCCUUCCUUGAAGACACAAUUCUAUACUCGUUUUCCCCAGAGCCCUCUGGUUUCCCCAAUGAACAAAUCUUCAACCCCGUCCAUGAGGAGCCUCCUGAGUCUCCCCUUUACACCAGAUUUGAGCAGUCCCUUUGAAUCGCCUGCAGUGAACCGCUUAAAUGACUUCGGCUCUCCUUACUACGGCUCUGUACAGAGUUCUCAUUUAGUAAAGAGGAGACCAAAACUUUGGUCAUCCUCUUCUGGUUCCACGGAGUAUGUGGCAAACACAAGUCAAUUUGCUGGUCAGGCUGCAAAGGUUGACAGCAGAUCUCCUGAAGUAACCAAGCACAGUCCUAUUUCAGAAUGGAUACUUCAAAGACAAGAACAGGUCAAAACUUUUGUGUUGAAGCGGGGCCUGGUAAUGUAUUUAUUUAACAAGCUUCCAGAAGCUUCAAGUCAGGCCUUGUUUGCGAACAGUCAAGCACAUAUUUGGUCACUUGAAGCCAUUUCCCAUCUUGUGGUAGCUUCAUUUACAGAAGACCGAUAUGGUGUAGUGCAGACAACACUAUCAUCCAUUCUGUGUGCCAUGCUCUCUCUCCAGGAGGCUGUGGACAAACAUUUUAAACUACCUCAUGCAUCUAGCAAGCCGACAAGAUCUCCUGGUACUCUCAUAGAUUCUUCUUACAAGACUCUGAGAUUUGCCCUUCGCGCCACCCUGAAAACUGCAAUUUAUAGGAUAACUACCACCUUUGGAGACCAUUUAAAGGCUGUACAACUUUCGUCAGAACACAGAAAAAGGCUGCAGCAAUUUCUGGAAUACAAGGAAUGAAGCAAUUGAAAUCUUCCAGAGCCAAUGCUCACAAGGCCAAGACUAUAACACACUACCAGCAUUCUGUUUUUGUUCUAUAAGCUCCUUUUUAUAUUCUGGCAAGUGAGGGAUUUUUUUUUUGAUUAAAAAUAUGAUGAAUAAUCCUAAGAUUUCCCUGUUCAUGGGAAGAGACUUCUCGACAUUUGGUAAUUUUGUACAUUUUUGCAGUAGAGAGUGUAUGUUUGUAAAGGACAACUGUUUUGUAUUUCUUUUGAAAUGCUGUUUGGAAUUUAGCAAGGUUAUACUUGAGGUUCUAAUAAUUUGUGGCUGCUGUAUCUUUUCAUAUCUCAAUAAAGGUGGUGUUGACAUUGAAUUUCUGACUGUUUAUGCGUUAAAAUAGAUUACCGCCACAAGCCACAAGAAUAUUGGAAAUACCUUGAAAGGCAAAAAAAAACCCAGAUAAACUGCUCUAAAUCUGGAAAAAAAGAAAUGUUCAGUCUCUGUGGAGAGUGUUUUUUGUUGCAGCGUAAUAUUUGGAUGGCGACCAAGUGAAGUGGUUAUGGCUGAGAAGGUUAUGAAAGUUGACCAGUAUUUCCUAUUUGUAUUGGAACCGGCAGUAAUAUUAACUCUGUUUUUCUCUCUCUCCAUGGAUGCUAUCUGACCUGCUGAAUAUUUUCAGCAUUAUCUUUUAUUUCAGAUUUACAUAAAUUCUGGUUUUCAACUUCUCAUUCAUUUUCCUCCGAGUUACAUCUUUUGCAAUCAGUUCACCUGUGAUAGACUGGACCCAACUUCUUCUCUCAACUGACACCACCAUCUGUGUCAUUCAGUCUCUUCUGGUUAUUUUCAAAUCAGGCAUUUUUCUCUAACCCUUUCCCUUCUCUGCAACUUAAUAUAAAUUUGAUUUCUAACUUUAUCUCGUACCUAUGAAAGGUCUCAACCUAAAUAAUUCUCUCUAAAUAAUCUGAGUUUCCAACAUUUUCUGUUUUCAUUUCAGAAUAUUUUGUUGUAUAUGAAGCUGUUCUCUAAAUACUCAGAUCAAUACUUGCUCUAUGUAAACAAUGGCUGUUAUCCACUUUUAAAUGCAGUAUCUAGCUGCAAAUAUUCACACAGAAAAUGGCUUGAUUAUUUUAACAUAUUUCUGCAGUGAAAAGUGAAAAAUAAAUAUACAUUAAAGAAUGUUUAAGAAGGAACUGCAGAUGCUGGAAAAUUGAAGGUAGACAAUGCUGGAGAAACUCAGCGGGUGAGGGAGUCAGUCUGAAGAAGGGUCUCGACCCGAAACGUGCCUAUUUCCUUCGCUCCAUAGACGCUGCCUCACCCGCUGAAUUUCUCCAGCAUUUUUGUCUACCUUAUAUAUUAAAGAAGUUAAGUUUAUCAAGAAUAAAGUGGUCUGAAUGUUCCCCAUUUUCUCCGACUCCUAAAGGACUUGCAGGACUACAGUUUUCUUCAGAAGAUUUGUUUUAUAUAUGCCAAUAUCUGUAACCUUUAAUUCCUGAGCAAAAUUUGGCUUGCGUUUUGUUGAAGUGACUUUAACACUAAGGCCCAAAAGGAACAGGGCAUUAGCCAUUUUCUAAUUAUUAAUAUCUGCAAUCUAUACCUAAUUUGUUUUCAGUUACACCAAUGGCUAGAUUCCAAAUAAAGUACCCUUUGCAAUGAA